AUGUAUAUAAUAGACUCUUUCCAUCUGAUAAGCAGAGAUAUCAAACGGAUGAUUAAAGCAAAGGACGAUUAAUAAACUGAGAGGACUCCGCAGAUUCGGAAGGAGCACGGCGCGCUGGGUACGCUUUGUGCGUGCAUGGACCGGACUUUGUGUAAACUUUUUCUCGCUCUUUGAGUCAACGAAACGUUUUAAAUGCCUUCGCUUAAUUUGACAGCUGUGCACACCAUGGCAGAGGUCGGGAGUUUUCUGGGGACGAUAGACUUGGAUUUACAAAGCUUUCCUGCACUCGGGAAUAUGCCCAUAGCGGAGCCUCCAGUAGGGUUGAAUGAGCGGCUGGGGCAGAUCGAAGGGAGGCUGCAACGGGGGUCGCCGACGGAUUUCGGGCACCUCAAAGGGAUCCUGAGGCGGCGGCAGCUCUACUGCAGGACCGGCUUUCAGCUAGAGAUAUUCCCCAACGGGACUGUGCAUGGGACAAGACAGGACCACAGCAGAUUUGGUAUCCUGGAGUUCAUCAGCCUGGCAGUGGGUCUGGUCAGCAUCAGAGGGGUGGACGCUGGACUCUACCUCGGCAUGAAUGAGAAAGGAGAGCUCUAUGGGUCGAAGAAGCUGACAGCAGAAUGUGUGUUCAGGGAGCAGUUUGAGGAGAACUGGUACAACACCUACGCUUCAACUCUGUACAAGCACACGGACACGGGACGUUUCUACUACGUGGCUUUAAACAAGGACGGCUCGCCCAGGGAGGGCGGCAGGACUAAAAAACACCAGAAACUCACCCACUUCUUGCCCAGGCCCGUGGAGAUUGAAAAGAUCCCUCAAGCGUACAGGGACUUAUUCCAGUACAGGUGACCAGCACUUACACUUGGAGAGCUGGUUACAGUGGGAGGAACAGAAAAAAAAGAAGAGGAGAGAGGGGUUGUUGUGGAUGUUUUGGACCUGGUGCAGAACUGUUUACCCUCAGCUCCCCCUGAGGUCACUGUGUUUGCGCCUCAGCCCACUUACCAAGCACGUACAGCACUGACAUAAACAAUGUGCACGUCCCUGGAUUUUUGCCUCUUUGCUUCUGUAGUGGACUUGUGACCUCGGAGAGGAGGGAAAGUUGUCUUGUUAAACCACUACAGACACGGACGAAGGAGGCCCACAUGACUGACCCAGCUGUGGGGCGAUCAAAUCAGGUGCCAUGUUUUCUCAAUAACCACUUUUUAGCGGUAAAUAAGUAGAUUUUGAAGCAACAUGCGACGGCAGACGGAGUUGCGGCGCUUGGCUGUUUUGAGUAGCACUAAGCAGGUGGGGAGAAAAAAAAAAAAAGAAUGGUCGACUAUGAGAACACAGAGAAGAGGUUUUCAAAAGCUCCAAAAGAAAACAGAAAGCACUGCAGAUGUCACAUGGUGCAUUUGUCAUUUAUGCACUAUACACGGUCAUGGUAACGUUACAUGUAAGAGAGGGAACAUUAGACAUACACAGAGACAGAUAUGUAAAAGGUAAAGGUCAGAAACAUACAAACUGUGUGCUACAUGCAGGUGAGGUGGCAGGUUUUGAAUAGUUAGGCCUUAAAGAGGCUGUAAGAAGAAUGUCUGUGAGGCAGAGAACAGACUGUUACACAGGGGAACCGGAGUUUUAUCAAGUUGUCGUCAAAAUCAAAGAUGAAAGUGGGGAUGUAAAAUCUCUAUGAUGAAUGUGUGUGAUAGAUGAAAGAGCACUUACUGCACAUCCCCAGUCCCAGCUGUACGCUCACUUGGUCUCCCAUGUCAUCAUACGUCUAACGAUCGCAUUCAUCACAUUUAAAUGAAAAUAUCAAGCAGCGUCUUGUAGGAGUAGUAUGCGAAACAAGUGAUUAAGCUUGGGACUAAAGCACUUCUCUGACUGUGGUUGUAGAGAAUAAGAGAUGUUUUUUUUUUGAAAGGAUGGUGACUUGUAAUGUUCGGAGUGUCAGGAACAUUAUGAAAAAAUUGCAAGCAGCUGAGGUGUACAUAUGGGUGAUCCUAUUUAUGAGAUGUACAAUAUAUUUAUUUUCUACAUAUAAAGUAUAAAUAUAAAUCUAUAUAUUUAUUUAUUGCAAAGACUUUAUUUUGUAAUGAACUUGAAGUUAUCUGGACUGUAGAUUCUACUGAAAUUACACCAAAAAAAAAAAAAUAAAAUAAAAAAAAAUAAAUAAAAA